AUGGCUAAGCGAGCCACAAACCACCAGGUAUUUCCCAAAACCUCAUAUCACAUCUACCCACUCCGAGAACGACAAACACCAUUCAACGCCAAAUCUCUGCCGUCCCUCGCAGCCAUGUCUUCCGCCAAAACUGGAAAGAAGAGCCGCUCGGCCAUCGCCGACGUUGUGUCGCGCGAAUGGAAUAAUAAUGCGGAUAUGUGUUGUGGUCGGGUCCAUGGUGUCUCCUUCAAAAAGCGGGCGCCCAGAGCUAUCAAGGAAAUCCGCGCCUUUGCUGAGCAGGCUAUGGGCACCAAAGACGUCCGUCUCGAUCCCCAACUGAACAAGAAGGUCUGGGAAUCCGGAAUCAAGGGCGUCCCAUUCCGCCUCCGCGUGCGUAUCAGCCGCAAGCGAAAUGACGAGGAGGGCGCCAAGGAGAAGCUGUACUCUUUCGUGCAAGCUGUCAAUGUCAAGGAACCAAAGGGUCUGCAGACAUCCGUCAAUGACGAUGCUUAG